AUGAACUCUGCGUCAUCCAUUGUCGGUCAAGUUAUCCAUUGUGUUUACACUUGGCUACCAAGAACAGCUAAGAAUAAGACUAAAGAGCGAAAGAAAGACCCUAGGGGACAGAAAAAGUGCGUUAAUUUUUCACGAAUAGUGAAAGAACAAAGCGAAACUAACUAUCGCACCCUUGAAAGCUUUAAGGGUUCCAACAGGCUGCCGAGUACACCGGACGGCUCCAAGGUUUGUUUGCACUUCCUGCCUAAGGAUUACAAAGAACAGAGUGUUUUUUCUCCACAAGAUUUUUCAAGCUGUAAUCUCGAGGUAGUUGGUUACAAAUUUUUGUCCAACGAGAAAAAGAUCAGCAAAAGAUCUGCGCUUAAGAAGUGGUUACGUCAGCGCACCAACGUCGUCCAGAAUGAGAAUUUCCAUUUGGAUGAGCGGAGCCAUGGAACAAGACAUGAACUUUGUUUUAGAGAGGUUUUUAAAUGUUCCCCGCGGCUAGCAGGUAAUAAGUUAGGGAUCGUAAAUUCAUGUACUUUUGAUUCUACUGCGGCAGAAAGUUGCGCCUGCAGUUAUGAGCGCGCUGGUCGGCAAUACUUGCAUGGGGUACUAACCGGCCGGGGGGGGGUACUUUCUUAUAAGAGGCUAAUGAGGAUGUGCCGCUGGAUGGGGACGCAUUUUCACGAUUGGAUUGACUAUAACAGGGUCGCAUUUUCAAUAGAGUUACUAGAAUAGGGUCGCACAUUUUCAGAUUUUUUGGGGUAAGGCAGUUCUUCAUAUUUACGGUUAGACAACGUACCAGAAUGUUUGUACUGUGGAUGAAAAGUAAAGUGUUCUUCAUUCAAUCUAAAAAUUUGGUCAAUUCCGUCAUAAAAAUAGAAAGUGACUAAGUUGGGAUCGCGAAAAUUACAUAGUUUCCAAAAAGUGACUAAGAUGGGUUCUAUAAUUGACCACAAAAUAGACUAUAAUGAAGUAGGGGCUCUGAGAGGCCAGCGGCACAUACCUAGCAAAAAUUAGCCCAAGUAACCCUUCCUUGCUGUCUUCACUGUUACAAUCAUUAAAUGGUCAUUUGCGAGUUACCAAUAGCCUUUAUUUAAGCUAGGCUAAGUGUGAAAAUCGAGUAUAGUUAAAUAGAUUUCUUUUAAUUCUUAUCAAUACUGCUGUAUAGAGCCGGGAAGCGGGCUUUUUGAGCUAGCAUCGCUUGCGAUAUGUGGAUCACGUGCAACGAAUAGUGGACGGCCAUAUACCACAGGACAUUAUGUUAUACGGCGAGCUGGCCACGUUACGGAUGCAGACACCAGACACCAGCUUGGAAUUGAACACCACCGUGUGGCUGGCGCCAUACUCCUUGGGAAGGCGAAUCUUGAG